AGGCUGCCCACGUGAUUUUACGUGUAUUCCGGUAUGACGUAAAAGGCCGAGCUCACGGUCCUUCCGUGUCACGUCUUACUUAUAGUUACUUAUAGCAAAGUUGUUCAAAACUACAGACUGUACAGUGUCUGAUUAUAAACAUGUUGCAGUUUCUGGUGGGGUUUACCCUGGGUAAUGUAGUUGGGAUGUACCUUGCGCAGAACUACGAGGUUCCAAACAUCGCAAAGAAGAUUGAAGACUUCAAGAAGGAUGUUGAGGCCAAGAAGAAACCACCGGAAUAGUGCGAAAUGAGAUAGAAAACGCAUAAUAUAUUCCACAUAGAAGAGAAUGACCUGUUGUGGAAUAGUGGGAUUUACCUGGAAUCUGGAAGCAUUCAAAAUAUUAGUCCUUUUUCAGGAGUAUAUAUAUUUAGGAACAUUAAAGACAAGGCACUAAAAUAGGCUGUACACCAAUCAGUAUUCCCCAGUUUGUGGACUGCUUUUUUACCCCUUUUGUAAAUGUAUAAUGAUUUACACUGCUGUUUUGGUAGAAGGGAUACAUGUUAGGUUUAUUUAAUUUCUUUUCAUUUCAAGACCUACAUGUAAUUCACAGUAUUUUCUGUGUGUUACUGCCAGAUUGAGUAAUGAUGUACAGAAUCCCUUCUACAGCUGUAUUCCAGGGGUGAUGUAUAUGUCUUAUAAUGUGUUUUUUCUAUUGUUAGCCAAAUGAUUUUAGAUAUAUUAUAAAACAUGGUGCAGGAAGGCAGUGAUGGUGCAGAAUAAUUAGAUUUUUUUCUUGAGCUACAAUUGACCUAGUAAUGAAUCGAAAAAGGUGCCUGAAUCUGAUGUCCUGUUAGUCUCUGUGCUGUACUGAAAUAUUUCUUCAGUCAGAAAAUUGGAUACGAUGGAAAAAUAUAAUUCAGCUAUUUACUUAGUGUUAAAUUUAUAUGAAGUAAUUUGUUCACAGGUACAAUAGCAUUGUUUUCCUGGGAAUUUGACUAUAAACCUGUCUCACCUGAAGGAAUUACAUCUGUGUCCCAUGCUUUUAUGAAACAUAUAUAAUACAUUAUAAAGCUGAAAUAAAUAUCAAUAUGUUCUGAUAAUUGAA